AUACAACAACAACAACAACAACAACACAAAGAAAAGAAAAUCCAAGUGGAAAUAAACAAGAGUUUCGCGUUACUUACUGUUGUCGGUUCAAACUUGCCUCGCGUCGUAAUCGUCGCGAUCGUCGCUAGUCCUCGUAUCGGAUCGGAUCGGAUCGGAACGGAACGGUAUAUAGUACGAUAUAGUGCGGUAUCGGAUCGGAUCAGAUCAGUUGGCAGUCGGUGGCACCUGACAACGCAACGCAACGUUUCGACUAAACCUAACCGCUAUUAUGCAUCGGUGUCGUGCUAAAAUCGCAUUCGAAUUGGCGGGCAAGCAGCAGAAGCAGCAGCAGGAACAACAACUGACAGCUAACUAGCCAAAAUAAUAGAGAAAAUAACACCAUAAAAAAAAAAAAAAAACAACAACUAGACAAGCAAAUAACAACAACAAAAAAACUAAUUCAAUAAACCAUAGUUUAUAUCGUAACAUUUUUUUCCGUGGCCCAAAUAAUCCAAGAAUCGUCAGCAAUCCUGGAUUAUUUGCUAAAGACUUUGCGGACGCUGAAAUCCAAUCCGAUUAUGGCCGAGAAUCAAAGUGCGGCCAGCGAAGAUUCGGGUCACCAACAGCAACAACAACAACAGCAGCAGCAGCAGCAUCAUCAGCAGCAGCAACAACAGCCUCCACUAGCCAGCACCUCCUCAUUAGUCAACGCAGUCAGCCCAGCAGCAUCGAGUUUAGUUAAUCAAUCGCCCACCAACUCGCAGGCCUCUUCGCCGGAAAACUCCCAGGAAGCCCUGCCCCUUGUGCGCCGCCAGCAAUCAGCAGCAGCAACAGUUGCAGUAGCAGCCACCAGUAGUAAUACCCCGCAGCAGCAGCAGCAACAGCAGCGCAGCAGUCUUAGCAAUAUGUUCGAUCGCACGGUCAAUGCCAAGUUCAAGACAUCGGCUGCUAAUGCUGGAACUGGACAAAAUCCUGGACGCAGAAACUCCAUGCUGACACCAGCCAAAGGAGCCAGUGUGGGCGGCACUGGUGGCAACAUACGCAAGCUGACCAAGGUAAAUUCGCUGACCAGAGACUACGCCAUGUGCUAUGGCCCCAACAUCUAUCAGAACAGCAACAAUGCCGGCAGCAACGCCGCAGCCACUCUUCAGCGUACCACCAGCGAAAGUUUAAGGUUAAACUCCCUUAAUCGCGUAUCGCGGGCCAGUAGCAACACUAGCCUGCCCACGGCAACGGUCACGACCACAUCCACAUCCACAUCGCUGUUACCCAAGUCCAGCAGCAGCAGUGGCAGUGACAGCAAUGCAACCCCGCAGCAGCAACAGUCGCAGGCGAGUGGCAACAGCCGCAGCCGCGGCAGCAGUGGUGGCAAGGCCAGUUCACCCAACAACAACGGGGCACGCGCUGUGGGUGGUGCAGCGGCAGCUACAGCAGCAGGGCCAGCAGGAGCCAUUGGAACGGCCAGCCAUCAUCAUCAGCCACAUCACCACCACCAUCACCAUCAUCAUCACCAGUAUCACCACCACCAGCAGCAGCAUCCGCAUCAGACUAGCCUCAGCCAGGGACACGCCUCAUUGACCGUGUCUAGUGGGGCCUCUGGAUCGGGAUCCACUGGCGGUUCUGGUGCCGGCUCCACCACACGCAAACCAAAGACGACUUCCUCAUUUGAGAUCACCUCGGUGACCGUGGGUAACCCGAAGCUGAAUGCUGCCGGCGAUACUGGCGACGAGUCGGCCGAUGAUUUGGACGAAUCUCACACGGAUGACAAUAGUCGGAUAACGGAUCUGGAGAAUGAGACGCCCUCGAUGUCGGAGGAUACAUUCUCCAAGGAGGAGGUCUACUAUGCCAACAAUGCACUCAGCACCAAUGCUCCCGUAAUCCCGACCAGUUCGCAGUACGGCCUGGUGGUUGUGGAUCCCAUUGGGCCCUCCCUUGGCCAGACCAUUCAAAAUGUGCAGGUAAACGUGUCGGAUAACAUCAUCAAUGUGGUGAGUGCCGCCGUUACUCCCGGUGGCACCAAGAAGAAGGACGACAUCAAGGAGACGCAGCAUCGCAGUGAGCGUUUUAAGGUGGUCAAGAUCGAGUCCACGGAGCCGUUUAAACGGGGUCGCUGGAUGUGCAUGGAUUACCUGGACCACUCCAGUGUGGGAAGUGGUGGUAAUAACAACGAAAAGACUGGUUCUUCUUCCGAGGCCACAACGGAUGGCGUUGGUGGAUCAGAUGGCCCGCCGCAAAAGACCACCCAGAGCAUGAUCCUGCCGCCAACCCAGAAACUGAACGAGAAUCACCUGGAGGCCAACUCGACCGAUGCCAAUUGGAACUAUGCGGAACAGCAGUCGCAGCAGCAACAAUCUGCGCAGCAGCAGCAGCAUCAGCAACACUCGCAGCAGCAGCAGCAGCAAUCCUCGCACCAGCAGCAACAGCCACAGAUGAGUGCCACGCCCAGUGGGGUGAUGACAGCGCCGGCCACAGUGGUGCACGGGAUGCAUCAGCUGCACAUGGAGGCCCAGCAGCAACAGCAGCAGCAGCUCUUUGACAGCGUUAAUGCCAAUGCCAGCUCACCCAACCCACAGUCCGUGGAUACCGGCAACAUGGGUUAUGCUCUCACGGCGGCCAUGCAGCUACAACAGACGUUACAGCAAUUGAAACAGCGCGAGGAGGCCAUGGAAUCGGGAUACCAGAAUGGCGGCGAUGUUCCUAGCGUUGCGCCCAACAACAACAACAGCGGAGGAGGAGGAGGAGCUGGUGGAGCACCAGCAGCAGCAACAACAGAGUCGCAGCUAAGCACCAGCUAUGUGGAGCAGCAGCAACCAUUAUCACCAGCCCCACAGACACCUCAAAUCACACCCACAUUCGCAGCUGUGGCUGCCGGGCAGGCUGCCCCCAACUUCCAAUUGGAGCCGCAGCCACAGGCAACAUCUCAGAUAGAUGGCAUACUUCCACAGACACAGUUUCCUCAACAACAACAGCAGCAGCAGACCCCACAGCAGUCCACACCACAGCAACAAGCCCCACCAUUAGCAGCAGCGGCAACUUCAGUAGGUGGCACUGCAGCAGCAGCAGCAACUGCAAUACAGCAACAGACUUCAAACACUUCCAAUGCAGCGGUGACCACUGGCCAGGGUCAGACAUUGCCGCUCCUAUCACACAUGACCAGCUACGAGCAGCAGCCACCAGCUGCCGGUGCAGGAGGAGCAACUACAGCCGGAGCAGGAACAGGCGCGGCAGCAACAUCGGUUGCUGUUGCCCCGUCAGUGAUUCCAACGCUACAUUUGCAAAGUGCUCCUGCCACAAUUGCCGAUCCGCAGCAGUUGAUGGUGCCGCAGCAGCAACAGGAUGAACAUCAACAGCAGCAGCAGCAACAACAGAUUCCGCCAACAAAUAUCGCGAGUGCUAGUGCCAAUAAUAGUAAUCUAAACCUAACGAAUCCAAAUGUUGUGGCCAAUGCAGAGCUAACGAAAAACGCGCUGACCUUGACCGAUGAACAACUGACCGCCGCAACAACAGCAACCGGAGCAGCAGCAACAUCAGCACCAGCAGCCACAUCGACAUCAGCAGCAAUGCAGUUACAACAGCUACAACAGCAACCAAAUGCAGAAUCCGAGACUGAAAGCUUUAUCACCUCCGCAAUACCUGGUGGCAAUAGGAAGCGGGCCUUUAGUAAUCCUCACAUUGGAAUUAUCGGAGGAGUUGGAGGAGGAUUAGGAGCCGGAGGACUCAGUGUUGAUCCCGGCGCCUUUAUGCAUCGCCUGAACCCACAGCUUUAUUACUACAACAAAUCCCAGUCGGGGAGAAGUUCCUUCUGCGUGGACGAAUCCUUGUGGCCAACGAAUCCGAAUCAUAAUGCCCGAGCCAGUGAUACGAAUCUGUACAUGGGUUCCAGCACCGAUGAGGAUUACGAGGAGGCAAUUGAUCAGUUUUCACCAACACUAUAUACCCGCACAGGAGCGAGUCGUGCGAUUCCUAUACCCACAAGUGCCGGGAAUAGUCCACAGCAUCAACUGCAUCCACAUCUGAAUCCCCAUCCUGGAAGGAUUGCCACGGGUAUUAAUUCAGCGGCGGCGGCAGCUGCUUUCAGUGCCAGUCCCUCGAUCUAUGCCUAUCCACACUCACCGUUCUAUGCCAGUUCACCGGAGACAUCCUCGCUGUCAUCAUCGGCACAGAUGUCCGGAAUGCCAGCAGGACAUCCUGGCCCCAGUUCCCGCAUAUCCUUCAGCUAUGAUCCUGCCUUCCAGCGUUUGCAAGUGCCCAAAACACGAUCGCCGCUGGAGUGUGCCAGCGUUCUUGCCGCCGUUGCUGCGGCUGCCACUUGCGGUGAUGCACAGCAGAUGGGAUUGGCCACUCCUUGCAACAGGUCGGUUCCGCCAUCCUUUUCCUGGUUGCGGCCUGCUUUAAAUUCCCCCUAA